ACUUAAUUACCAAAAAAUGAAAAAAUGGAGCUCGAAACUGGGAAAACAACCCCUCCUCCUCUCAUGCCGCCCAUUUCCGAUUUGAAAAAGAGCGAAACUUUCUGCUGAUUUCACCUUCAAAAUCGCGACCCACUUCAGCCGAAACCCUCCUCGAAUGCCAUCCUCGACCUUUUUCGAGUUCCAUCUCUCUCAAGUCUCUCGAUAGGAGGAGCUUCGAGAUGCCGGCGGAAUCGAGGGACAGGUUGGUGAGGGCAGUCGAUGUGGCCGCGGUCUACACUCGAAGGCGAGCGGGAAUACUCGGAGUGCUCGAAGACGAGCCGGAGCGGAGUUCGAAUCUCUUCGAACCCGUGGUGGUGCGGCGAGCAGCCGGAGUCGUGGGAGAGCGGGCGCCGGUGGGAUUGGGCCGCGGUGGUGCGGUGGUCGGGAGGGGCGUUUUGGGGACUCCAAGAAACGUGAGGGGGGGUGGCAGGAAUCUGUUCGCGACUCCAUUGGUGGGAAGAGAGAAUACGCCGCCGGGCGGUAGCGCAAGGAGGGGCCGGGGGCGUCCGGACAGUGUUUUGCCUUCUUGGUACCCGAGGACGCCGCUGCGCGACAUUACAACCGUUGUGAGGGCAUAUGAAAGGAGAAGGGCUCGGCUGGCAGAGAUUGAAGGACGACAAGUGGAUACUCCAGUAGCCACGGAACUGACCACCGGUGAAUCUUCUGUACCACGGACGCGUGCUCCACUCGAGCACGAUGUUUCUCUAUAUACCCCUGGUCCAGCAGUUCCAGAAAAGCCUUGCCCGAUUUCUGUAGGCAAGGUGCCGAAGAUAUUGCUUGACAUUACCAACCAGACUUCUGUUGGUGACUCAGAGUUCCUCACACCCCAGAAGAAGCUUUUGAAUCAAAUUGACACAGUCGAAAAAGUGGUAAUGGAUGAGUUGAAGAGGCUCAAAAGGACGCCGAGCGCUAAAAAAGCAGAGCGUCAAAAGAGAGUUCGUACACUGAUGUCGAUGCGAUGAUGCAUCGAUGAUCCUGGAGUACACAAGACGAGACAGGCCUGAGCACAUUAGAUCAAUAACCGGUCAAUCUAGUUCCCCAUUUUUUACCCCUUUCAACCUCUAGCUGAAGAUCUUGGUAUAGGAUCAGUAGGCAUUUUUCUCACCCAUUAACGAGUUGCUGAAGGUCUUGGCAUAGGAUCAGUAGGCACCUGAGUCAGUCUUUUUCAUUUUCUGGAGCCCUUUUUGAGCUCUUUGGUGAUGUUUCUGGAACACAAUGUACAUAAGAGAACCAACAUGCGUUUGAUUGUUUGCUCAAGGUCGGUCUGUGUAGUCCUGGGCAUUGGCAUAAUAGAAUCCAAGCAUCAUUUUUCUUCAGACGA